CUUAUGGCGGCGUGACUCCGAGGGCUGGGACCCCUAGGGCCGGGCUUAUGGGGGCGGGGACUCGGAGGCUGGACCGCCCCCACCCGACCCGCUCCCGGGAGCCGCAUCCGUGCAGCGGGCCUGGAAAUGCUAAUUCUGGGCUGGGGCGCCUUCCCCCGUGCACACAGCGGGUCCGGGGCCCCUUCCCCUUUCGGACGCGCCCCAGGUUGUCGCUCGGCCCUGCUGCCGCGCGCAGCAUCCCCAUCUGUAAAGGAAGAGAAUCCAACAACUAACGCCGGUUUGCACGAGGUGUGUCCCUCAGCUUUAAGCCUUUAUUGACCCGCUUUCACUGUGUACCACUGAGUACUACGCCCAAAGGUGGUGCACAAGCGUGUUCACACGCCCUUUGUAGCAGAAACCGUGAGCCCGGCUGAGCCCCUGAGACGCCUGGGACCUGCCUCCAUGGCCCUCGGCCAUCAGCAACCCCACUGUACCCGCUCCGGUGGGGCUGGGGGGACAGCAGACACGCCGGGCAGGAGCCCACCGCCUGACCUGAGUGCUGUGUUCAGAACCCAGCAGGAAGGCGGACGGAGGGGGGCGGGGACGGGGCCGUCUCACCAGGGUGGUCCUGGAUGGCCUGGGGAGACGGACCCCACGGAUGAACAGGGACAGUGUCCAGGGUUAGGGCUCCUGAGCGAGCACGUCCUGGGCCCUCCUGGGACCGCCGCUCCUCGGCUGUUCGGGGCUGUCAGAGGCAAGUCACUGCAGUGGUGCAGCCAUGCGAGGAGUCAGGUCAUCACAGGUCCUCUGGGUUUGAGCAGAGCAGUGACCCAGUUGCGGGGGAGGGGUGGCAUUCUCCGUAUUCCUUUCCUCCUCUUAGACCUUUAUUGAGAUACAGUUCGCAGAGCAUAAGAUGAACCGCUUUGAAGGGUACCACUCGGAGGCAACGAGUACGUUCACAGCCUUGUGCAGCCACCACCUGUGUCUGGUUCCACAACGUGCUCAUCUCCCCGGAAGGAGAUCCUGUGCCCUCAGUAGCAGGCCUCCCCCUUGCUUCUCCCGCACCCAACCCCUGGGAACCGGGAAUCGGCCUUCUGGCCCCGUGGAUUUGCCUGUCCUGGACAUUUCACGUCUGUGGCUUGGCUUCUCAGUCCGCUGAUGACGUCUCUGCAGAGCAGACGUGUUUAAUUUUCCGUGUUGUCAUAUGCUGAGACUCCGGGAUCCGUUCUCUGCCGAGUCCAGUCCACCAGCAGGCCCAUGAGAGGCGCUCGUCAUUUCUGCCAGAGCGCUUGUGAUCUCUAGCGGGUCUUUUUGGUUCUUUCUUGGGAUUUCCACCUCUGCUUGCCUUGCCCAUCCGUCCUUGCAUGCUGUCUACUAAAUCCGUCAGGGCCCUUGGCACGUUAAUCAUAGUUGUUUUAAGUUCCUGGUCCAGUAAUUCCAACAUCCCUGGCGCGUCUGGUUCUCACGCUUGCUGUGUCUCUUCGGGUUGCCUUUUGGUGCGCCUGGUAAGUUUUUCUCGAUAGCUGGACGUGAUGCACAAGGUGAAAGGACCUGCUGUAAACGGACCUUUGUGGGGAGGGGCUGAUGUGUGGGGGAGGGGCAGCCUGCUGUGGUCCUGGGAUCAGGGUUCAGUGCCUUAUGGUGCCUGUGCCCCUGGGCUGUCAGCUGCACAAGUGCUUCUCCGUUUCCAUCCCCACCGAAUCCUAACCCAGGCCUUCGGGGUGGGGUUGCGGGGUGCCAGACCCCCAAGCGGGCAGCUGUGCAGCGCAGCAGGAGGGAGGCCGCUGGCCCCCGCGCAGGCUCUCACCACGGAGCUGGGGCCGCGGCCCCUGGGAUCGGGAGAGACAGCACCCGCGGGGGUUACUGCUGGGUCAGGCCUGCAGCUGAAGGACGGAGGUCAGGCGUGACCAAGCACCUGCUGACCUGAGCGACCAGCAGCUGGAGGAGGUGGGACGAGCUGGCGGGCCCAUGGGGAGUCACAGCCAAGAAGACUCCGCCUCCCCUUGGCCUAGAGAAUGGGGGACCCCGCCCCCCAUGUCCCAGAGGAUGGGGAGACCCCACCCCCCCAUAUCCCAGAAGAUGGGGACCCCCGCACAGCCCAGAGAACGCGGGGACCCUGCUCUGUGGCCUCAGACCCUGCCCGGCCCCUACUCCCGAGCCUCUGGCCUGUGUCCUGGCUGUGCCCUGAGGAGGGUCAGGUGACCCCAGAGACGGCAGCACCCAGGUGUCCGGGGAGUGGGGACAGACAGCGAAGCAGGGGCGCCACAGAGGGGCCGCGGCUCUGAGACUCUGUGCGAGGGUGGCCUCCCGGGGGGAGGGGGCGUGGGCACGGGAUUGGGGGCCGGCCUCCCGUGGGGCUUGAUGCACACGCUGGAUGGCUGGUCGGUGGUGGACACGAUGGUGGUGCCCACCAAAACGCCAGACCGGAAGCUCGUCUUCCGCAGAGGGACCUUGGAGUGCCUGACAGAGAAAAUCAGAGGGUCCCCGGGAAUCACCGCCGUCUUCCUGAAUGUGGAGAGGAUGGCUGCACCCACCAAGAAAGAACUGGAAGCCGCCUGGGGUGUGCGGGUGUUCGACCGAUUCACGGUGGUUCUUCAUAUUUUCCGCUGCAACGCCCGCACCAAGGAGGCCCGGCUGCAGGUGGCACUGGCCGAGCUCCCCCUGCUCAGGUCCUGCCUGAAAAACCACGUUGCCCACCUGGGCGGCCGAGGCCGGGACUCCCGCAACAUCAUGGGGUCAGGAGAGUCUUUCCUGCAGGUGCAGCAGCGCCUCCUGAAAGAUAAGGAAGCGAAGAUUCGGAAGGCCCUGGACAGACUCCGCCGGAAGAGGCUUCUCCUGGGCCAGCAGCGGAGGCGGCGGGAGAUCCCUGUGGUCUCCGUGGUGGGCUACACAAACUGCGGAAAGACCACGUUGAUCAAGGCCCUGACAGGGGACAUCGCCAUCCAGCCCCGGGACCAGCUGUUUGCCACGCUGGACGUCACGGCGCACGCGGGGUGGCUGCCCUCCCGUGUGACCGUCAUCUACAUGGACACCAUUGGCUUCCUCUCCCAGCUGCCCCACAGCCUGGUCGAGUCCUCGGCGACCCUGGAGGACGUGCGCCACUCGGACCGGACCCCGACCCUGCGCGGAGGCCUGACCGGGGCGCGGAGAGGUGGCGAGCGUGGGGGAGCGCCCACCGGGUCGGGUGCCCGGCCGGGCCCUGCUCCGGCACCACCUGCCUUGGGAGGUCGCCUCGACCACCCGCGGCAGAGAAAAAGCACAUCCCCAGGCUGCGCCGUCCCAGACUGGCCUCCCGGCCCGGCCCGCGCGCACCAAUCAGGCGUCUGCGAGCACGUGACCCGGGCGGCCAAUGGGCAACUGCACGAGAGCACGCUCCCGAGGCCCCGCCCAUGGCGUAGGAGCGCUUGCGGUAUGUGCGCCCUGCGAGCCGCUGUCCGCCCGGGGUCCUGGCUCUUUCGCGUGGUUCGUGGCUGCGGGGCUCCGAGGGCCGCGCCGCCGCUGCCACCCUGCCCCGAGCGCGCGCUCGCCGCCUUCCGCGGGGGCCUGGGGGGCCCGGAGGGGCGAGGGGGUGGGGGGCGGGGCCCACAUGCAGGUGGCCGGAGAAGUCGGACUGGAGGAAAGGAGGAGGCUGAGGAAGCGGAGGAGGAGGAGCUGCUGAGGAGGGACCCUUUGCUGCCGGCGGGAGCCCAGCGCGUGUGCUUGCUUCACCCUGACGUCAAGUGGGGACCCGGGAAGCCGCAGGGGACCCGAGUUGAGUGGCAGGUGGUGGAGGCACAAGCGCUGGUGCACACGCUGGAUGGCUGGUCGGUGGUGGACACGAUGGUGGUGCCCACCAAAACGCCAGACCGGAAGCUCGUCUUCCGCAGAGGGACCUUGGAGUGCCUGACAGAGAAAAUCAGAGGGUCCCCGGGAAUCACCGCCGUCUUCCUGAAUGUGGAGAGGAUGGCUGCACCCACCAAGAAAGAACUGGAAGCCGCCUGGGGUGUGCGGGUGUUCGACCGAUUCACGGUGGUUCUUCAUAUUUUCCGCUGCAACGCCCGCACCAAGGAGGCCCGGCUGCAGGUGGCACUGGCCGAGCUCCCCCUGCUCAGGUCCUGCCUGAAAAACCACGUUGCCCACCUGGGCGGCCGAGGCCGGGACUCCCGCAACAUCAUGGGGUCAGGAGAGUCUUUCCUGCAGGUGCAGCAGCGCCUCCUGAAAGAUAAGGAAGCGAAGAUUCGGAAGGCCCUGGACAGACUCCGCCGGAAGAGGCUUCUCCUGGGCCAGCAGCGGAGGCGGCGGGAGAUCCCUGUGGUCUCCGUGGUGGGCUACACAAACUGCGGAAAGACCACGUUGAUCAAGGCCCUGACAGGGGACAUCGCCAUCCAGCCCCGGGACCAGCUGUUUGCCACGCUGGACGUCACGGCGCACGCGGGGUGGCUGCCCUCCCGUGUGACCGUCAUCUACAUGGACACCAUUGGCUUCCUCUCCCAGCUGCCCCACAGCCUGGUCGAGUCCUCGGCGACCCUGGAGGACGUGCGCCACUCGGACCGGACCCCGACCCUGCGCGGAGGCCUGACCGGGGCGCGGAGAGGUGGCGAGCGUGGGGGAGCGCCCACCGGGUCGGGUGCCCGGCCGGGCCCUGCUCCGGCACCACCUGCCUUGGGAGGUCGCCUCGACCACCCGCGGCAGAGAAAAAGCACAUCCCCAGGCUGCGCCGUCCCAGACUGGCCUCCCGGCCCGGCCCGCGCGCACCAAUCAGGCGUCUGCGAGCACGUGACCCGGGCGGCCAAUGGGCAACUGCACGAGAGCACGCUCCCGAGGCCCCGCCCAUGGCGUAGGAGCGCUUGCGGUAUGUGCGCCCUGCGAGCCGCUGUCCGCCCGGGGUCCUGGCUCUUUCGCGUGGUUCGUGGCUGCGGGGCUCCGAGGGCCGCGCCGCCGCUGCCACCCUGCCCCGAGCGCGCGCUCGCCGCCUUCCGCGGGGGCCUGGGGGGCCCGGAGGGGCGAGGGGGUGGGGGGCGGGGCCCACAUGCAGGUGGCCGGAGAAGUCGGACUGGAGGAAAGGAGGAGGCUGAGGAAGCGGAGGAGGAGGAGCUGCUGAGGAGGGACCCUUUGCUGCCGGCGGGAGCCCAGCGCGUGUGCUUGCUUCACCCUGACGUCAAGUGGGGACCCGGGAAGCCGCAGGGGACCCGAGUUGAGUGGCAGGUGGUGGAGGCACAAGCGCUGGUGCACACGCUGGAUGGCUGGUCGGUGGUGGACACGAUGGUGGUGCCCACCAAAACGCCAGACCGGAAGCUCGUCUUCGGCAGAGGGACCUUGGAGCGCCUGACAGAGAAAAUCAGAGGGUCCCCGGAAAUCACCGCCGUUUUCCUGAAUGUGGAGAGGAUGGCUGCACCCACCAAGAAAGAACUGGAAGCCGCCUGGGGUGUGCGGGUGUUCGACCGAUUCACGGUGGUUCUUCAUAUUUUCCGCUGCAACGCCCGCACCGAGGAGGCCCGGCUGCAGGUGGCACUGGCCGAGCUCCCCCUGCUCAGGUCCUGCCUGAAAAACCACGUUGCCCACCUGGGCGGCCGAGGCCGGGACUCCCGCAACAUCAUGGGGUCAGGAGAGUCUUUCCUGCAGGUGCAGCAGCGCCUCCUGAAAGAUAAGGAAGCGAAGAUUCGGAAGGCCCUGGACAGACUCCGCCGGAAGAGGCUUCUCCUGGGCCAGCAGCGGAGGCGGCGGGAGAUCCCUGUGGUCUCCGUGGUGGGCUACACAAACUGCGGUAAGAUCUCCCGCGGCAGAAAAUCCCGACGGCCCCUCCUGGCCGCAUCCUCGGAGGGCGGCGUGUCCUCUAACUGUCAGAGCAUCCAGAAAGACCACGUUGAUCAAGGCGCUUACAGGGGACAUCGCCAUCCAGCCCCGGGACCAGCUGUUUGCUACGCUGGACAUCACAGCGCACGCGGGGUGGCUGCCCUCCCGGGUGACCGUCAUCUACGUGGACACCAUUGGCUUCCUCUCCCAGCUGCCCCACAGCCUGGUCGAGUCCUUCUCGGCGACCCUGGAGGACGUGCGCCACUCGGAUCUGAUCGUCCACGUGCGAGACGUGAGCCACCCCGAGACAGAGCUACAGAAGGCCAGCGUCCUGUCGGCCCUGCGGGCCCUGCAGCUGCCGCGCCCGCUGCUGGACUGCAUGGUGGAAGUGCCCAACAAGGUGGACCUGGUGCCCGGGUACAGACCCGCCGAACCCGGCGCGGUGGCCGUGUCUGCGCUCCUGGGGCUCGGGCUGGAGGAGCUGAAAGCCAGGCUGGAGGAAGCAGUUCUGAGAGCCACGGGCAGACGGGUCCUCACGCUGCGAGUGGGGCUGGCGGGGCCGCAGCUGAGCUGGCUGCAUCAGGAGGCCACGGUGCAGGCGGUGGACGUGAGGCCUGAGGCCGGGGUGGCUGACGUCAAGGUCAUCAUAAGCGACUCAGCUUACGGCAGGUUCAGGAAGCUCUUUCCGGGGUGAAAGGACGCC